AUGUCAGGAGAAGGGGGAGGCAGAUCUUCAACAGAAAAGAUGUUAAUGGUGGAGGAAGAAGAAGACGUUAAUGGCGGCAGGGAGGGGAGCAAUUUCUUUGAUUUGGAUUAUGUCUUGGAGGGAAGUGAAGGGACACCUUUUGCCGGAUGGGGCAUUAUCAUUGUGAAGUUGCGUCGUGGGCAAGAACUGAGGCUUAGAGCAAUAGCCAGAAAAGGGAUUGGCAAAGAUCAUGCAAAAUGGUCACCUGCUGCAACUGUCACUUUCAUGUACGAACCAGAGAUCCACAUCAAUGAAGAUUUAAUGGAAACUCUGAUGCUUGCAGAGAGACAAGCCUGGGUUGAAAGUAGUCCAACCAAAGUGUUUGACCUUGAUAAAGCUACUGGACAGUUAAAAAGAUGCCUGUUGCUGCAAGAGGUAAUUCCGGUGUGGAAUUGUCAUUUUGCCCUUAAAAGACAUAAAAAACUAACUUCACUCUUAUCUGAAAUUUUAAUUACACUGGUGAAUAUGAAUGGCAUUGAUGUUGUUAGAGACCUUUUUGGUCAUUCAAGGAGCACAUUGCAGAAAUUUUUGUGGGCUCUUCUCUGUAAUAUCAGAGAAUCAUUCUAUUAG